AUGACAAAGGGCAAAUAGAAGAAAGAUCAACUACCCGACCAAGCCGUUAUAGAUUACCAGAAUUUCAUGCAUUUUAUGAGCUAGCAAUAGCAAGACUCGUUUACUGUAAGCGAGCACAUCUUUGAGAAAGUCAUACUAAAGAAAUUCCAGAAGAUUAUUCAGCAAAAAGACAUAGUAGCGAAGUCCACUCCGUUUUCGGUUAAUCUCACAGCAGCAAUACUAUAGGAGAUAAUACAGAUAUACUUCUUGCCAUUGGAUUAGAAAAAAGACGAUAUGUUUCUUAACUCUGAUGAGGAACCAGUGCCAAUCUAUAUGGACAACUGCAAACCAAAAGGUUCGUCCUUGGAAAUAAGACAACAGCCAGUUAAAUAAUUAAGCAAGCAGGACUCCUUCUAAAAUUCAAUAGCUGAUCCACUAGACAGACGCAGUAUAAAUUCUUACAGAAGAACUGGACGUUAGAACAAUGUCACUUAGGUUAAGCAGCCAAAGAUAGUGAGCUUGAUAGAUGACAAGGAUCAAUCAAGAAAUCAAGAACCAAAUGAAACUGAACUAGACAGAGAAAUAAAUGAGUAAAUUGCAAAUCAAAGGAAGCGUUUAGCUAAGAGGGACCAGGAUCUCAGGAAAAAAGAGGAACUGGAGAGAGAUAAGAACGCUAAGAGGCAGAGUGAGACCGCCAACAGCUUAGAUUUGGAUUUCAUGCUCAAGUCAGAUAAGAAGAAUGACCAACUAUUUCAUAUCGAGGCAGACGGGUCUAUCACAAAAGUCUUGAAGCCACAAGUUGAACGAUUCCCAAAGCAAAUAAUCAACCCACUCACUUACUCAAUCAAUGAUCACUCUCUGCAUGUGGAUGAAAGUGAUUUCAACAGAUCAAAGCGCAUUCAUGGGUCUCAUAGAGAAAUGAGUGUAGAAUACUUAGAGGAAGAGCUGACUUCCAAUAUGUACAAGGAGAUUAAAGAUCAGUCUAAGGUGAUAGAUUCUUAGUUUUCGCAAAUUUAAAAGUAUAUGCACACUAGAAAAGAAGUUCAACUACGAGAUUCUGUUGGGAAUUUAAUAUCAUAAACUAAAUCUGAUCAUCAUAAGAAGUCUCAAAGCAGUCGUGUUGGCUCUCAAGAGACUUUUAACAAUAUGAACAGAACUUAGUACUCCAUUCAAGAUUACAGAUAAAAGUUCGACUCUCAAAACAUUGCCCUUACCAAAUUUGAAGAGAUCAAGUUAGCUAGAAUGCUUGACAUUUCCAAGUAGUAGUUUGGUCAGAGCACUUUUCUGGAUCAGUCCUCUCUCUAUGAUAGCAAGCUACUCGAGCCUAUUUAAACCAAUCGCAAUUCAUUGAUUGACAAUAUGAAUCCCUCAAUUACUCCUCCAAAGACAGUGCUUAACGCAAAUCUGGAGUCACAGCCGAAUAUGUUCAAGUUUGACGAGUCAACUCUCAACAUCAACGAUAAUCCAAUUCUAAAGCUGAAUCAGUCUAAGAUGUCAAAGUAUGAAGCUUUGAGAAAGAGUUUGAGGAUAGGGGGCAAUGUGCUAGUAAAUGCAAAUCCAUCUAUUGUCGUUGACGACAUGAUAUCUGUUGGAGAGAGCACUAUAAUGUAAAACUCUUUCUAUUUGCCUUCUCUAAUAGCAGCUACACCAACUAACAUGAAUAUGAGUAUGUCUACAAAGAGAAAGAACUCGAUGACAUCUAGAAGACUAGAUUAGUCCAUGGUUGUAGUGAGCGACUAUAAGUCAUCUAAUUUUAACGAUGAGAGUGGCCAGAAUUUGCCUGGAGUCAAUUCAUCUUAAUAUGGAAUUGGUUCCUUUGCUAGCAGUAACAAAAAGAUAACCGAUAGAAUGAGGAAUUUAAGAACUCAAGUAAAUUCACCAGCAAAUAAGGAGAGAACUCUGAAUUAGACAUUCACUACAGGUACUGAUCUUAAUACGAGCAAGGAUCUGGACAUGUAUUUGAAGAGUAAAAUGUAGCCAAGACAAGUCCUGGAGAAAAUUAAGCAGAAACAAAAGAUCAAAUAGGACAAAUUAUCUAUUGGCAGAGAGGGUGCAUUUGGAGAGCUCUCUUAGGCGAAUGUCAAAAAUCUAGCAACAGCAAAACCCUUCUUAAAAUUCAACUUGAGAAGUAAACUCAAUAUAAAAGCCAUGAUAGACUAAAACUAUGAUGGAAGAUAUCCUAAAGAAAAUAAAUUGCCGCCACCUUAAUUGGGAAAGACUAUGGGACAUGGGAUAAUAAGAGAGAAUGUAAAGACCAGUACAUCAAGACCCUUUUCAUACAGAGAGGAAAGCUAGCACUGA